AUGAGCAGCGCAACACCGGAGCCUUCACUGGCAGGACUAUCCUUGGCCUCGGGAAACAACCCAGGCACUUUCACUUUCCCCCGAUAUGCCUCCUUCCGGCCGUUCUAUUCCAUCCAACGAAAUCUCGCUACCCGCGAAAAACAAUUCCAGCUAUGGGCUGAUCUGAUCACGGCCUAUUGCGCCCACCACCACAUCUUCCGUCUCGAUCUUUCCUCACUUCCACCAGAUCUGUUUCAUAACCCGUCCAUCGAUCGGAAACUAUUACCAGGCGAUAUCCGUAUCGUCCUCGAUCACCUCAGCACACCCGCCGGCGGCUCCAAGAUCGAGUGGAUCUCCGCCACAACCCGCGGCGAAGUCAGCGCAAGCUGCUAUGUUUACUGGCGCACUCUUGAGGACUGGGCGAACGCAUUACACAGCUGGGUGGAUGCUACAGGACAGAAGGGUGCGGUUUUGACCAUCUAUGAACUGCGCGAGGGCGAGGCGGUCAUAGGGCAGGACUGGAAGGAUAUGGAUGAGGGCCUGUUGAGGAAAGUUCUCAAUGUCCUCGUCAAGCGAGGAAAGGCGCAGAUCUUUGGGCAGGAGGAGAAUGCGGGAGUCAAAUUCUUCUGA